GACCAAUGGAGAAGCAGGAUGCUGCAGCAUGGCAUUCUAAUAUGGGCGCAAAAAAUAGUACGUUAGUCUUCGCCUUCGUGAGCUUGAUAGAAGAGAAAGCUAGCGUUGCUAACUUUUCAAAGAGGUGAAGUGAAGAGAGAGAGCAGGAAAGAGGUGGAGUGGCGGGAGAGAGAGACAGAGAAGUGACACAAAUCAAUGUGAGCACCCAAACCACCAUCACCAGCCGCAGCCGGCGCAUCCUCCCCGACCUCCAUCACCUCUCUGCCUUUACCAGGGAGAGACGGAUAGAGACAGAGUCACAGGAAAGACAGUGUCCUCAACAACGCAGCAUCCGGGUUGGUCGUGUCUCUGAUGGGUAUCCACUCUUCAGCAGAGCCACCUUUUCUGGGACGCUUCUAGGAGUGAGGGGGGCCAGCAGACAGAGGAUCUGAUUACUUCAGAGACAUUUUUCUCUCCAGGUUGACCCGUCAAGUUACUGAUCAUGAACCAAACCAGAGAAGAAACUUCAGCAGGAAGAGCAACAAGGGCGUCAUUCCUCUCCCAGGACGGAUGUCUUCCAAGCGACCAGCCUCUCCAUAUGGGCGGACAGAUGGAGAGGUAACCAUGGCAACCAGCAGACAGCGAAUGGAGGAUGAAGAUAGCGAGGGACUGGGUGGUGUCAUCCACCUCCCCCUGGUCUCCUACUGCGGCAAGGUGUCCCCUCGCUCGCCCCCCAACCGCAACUUGGACAGCCCCCCUAACAUGGAGCGGGACUGCACUAAAGGAAGCUCUCUGAGUCCUUACCCCCAGCACAAUGCUACCUCACCGGGCAAAGAGGAUGGCGGAGGUGGAGGGCGGCCCUGCAGCGACGGGGGCUCGGCCACAGGUACCCUGGGGACCCCCGAGAGACGCAAGGGCAGCCUGGCAGACGUGGUGGACACACUGAAACAACGCAAGAUGGAGGAGCUGAUCAAGAACGAGCCAGAAGAGGCCCCCAGCAUUGAGAGGCUGUUGUCAAAGGACUGGAAGGAUAAACUUUUGGCCAUGGGCUCAGGGCACAUCGGGGAAAUUAAAGGUACUGCAGACAGCCUGGCGGAGAAAGAGCGCCAACUCAUGGGCAUGAUUGGCCAGUUGAGCAGCCUGAGGGAGCAGCUCCUGGCGGCCCAUGAGGAGCAGAAGAAGCUGGCCGCCUCGCAGAUGGAGAAGCAAAGGCAGCAGAUGGAGCUGGCCAAGCAGCAGCAGGACCAGAUUGCCCGGCAACAGCAGCAGCUUCUGCAGCAGCAACACAAAAUCAACCUCCUGCAGCAACAAAUCCAGCAGGUCCAGGGCCAACUCCCUCCGCUGAUGAUUCCCGUCUUUCCUCCGGACCAGAGGACUCUGGCAGCGGCUGCAGCCCAGCAAGGCUUCCUAAUGCCCCCUGGCUUCAACUACAAGCCUGGCUGCAGUGACCCGUACCCUCUCCAGCUCAUCCCCACAACAAUGGCUGCUGCUGCUGCUGCCACACCAGGCCUGGGACCCCUACAACUCCAGCAGUUGUACGCAGCUCAGCUGGCGGCCAUGCAGGUUUCCCCGGGAGCCAAGCAGCACGGAGGCAGCCUGCCCCCCCAGGCCAACAUGGGCACACACUCCCCACCCACCAACACACACUCACAGAGCGACAAGGGCCGCAGCUCCCCGCUACCAAACAAGGCCAAGGACAGUGAGGGUGCACAGCCACUGAACCUGUCGGCCAAGCCUAAGGCAUCCGAGAGCAAGUCACCCAACUCCCCCCCAACUUCCCCACAGGUCGCUGCUGCUGCUGCCACUAAGCUGGGCCCCGCCGGCUCCAUGAAGCACAGUGUCGCCCCCUCCAGCAUCGGAGGUCCACCGACCAGAGUCAGCUCGAUAGCAGACUUGUUGUCGACGCUGUCCACGACCGCCUACCUGAACGACCACGAGGCGGUGAGCAAGGCCUUCGCCGAGGCCCGGCAGAUGAAGGAGCAGCUGAAGAGAGAGCAGCAGGUCCUGGACGCCAAGGUUUCCGCCGUCAGCAAUCUCAGCCUCAACAAUGGACGCUCAGACAAGGACAAGGCUGCCUUGGAGAGUCUGAGUCAACAGCUUAAGCAGCAGGCGGAGGACAAGUUCAGCCACGCCAUGCUGGACUUCACCAUGAGCGGAGACUCUGACGGCUCCCCCAGCGUGUCAGACUCCAGAAUAUUUCGGGAGGCUCGGGGUCGUGGCAGCGCCGAGCCGCACAUCAAGCGGCCGAUGAACGCCUUCAUGGUUUGGGCCAAGGACGAGAGGAGAAAGAUUCUCCAGGCCUUCCCCGACAUGCACAAUUCCAACAUCAGCAAGAUCCUCGGCUCCCGCUGGAAAGCCAUGACCAACCUGGAGAAGCAGCCCUACUAUGAGGAGCAGGCUCGCCUCAGCAAGCAGCAUCUGGAAAAAUACCCAGACUACAAGUACAAGCCGCGACCCAAACGCACCUGCCUGGUGGACGGCAAAAAGCUGCGCAUCGGCGAGUACAAGGCCAUCAUGAGAUCCCGCAGACAGGAAAUGAGACAAUACUUCAGUGUGGGGCAGCAGGGCCAGUUGCCCUUGUCCUCCGCAGGCGUGGUUUACCCAGGUGCCCUGUCAAUGGCGGGAAUCCCCUCACCCCAGAUUCCCUCAGAGCACUCCAGCAUGUCCAGCAGCCCCGAGCCCAACGCCAACCACCACCAAAACCCCCACAUGGCAGGCCUGAAGGGGGACGAGCCCCGGAUCAAGGAGGAGGAGCUGCGGCUGGACGACAGCAACGGCGACGUGUACGACGACUUUGACUACGAGGACGAAGAGGCAGAUUACACCAGCGAUAACGAGAACCAUAUCACCCAAUAGGACGGCGUGGCCGGCGCCUAAUUCGAAGCCAAUCGCAGCUGGUUAAUCCCACACAAUCCCAAACCCACCAAUCAGGAAGAAAACGUUCUCUUUUUUGCCAAUCACCAUGAGUCCCAAUCUCACAGCACCCCGCCACCCUCUCCCCUUCCUGACUAACACGGACUCUUCUAACAGAGCCAAAGCCCUCCCACUGGAGUCCUGAUACCAGCAUCUGAUCAAUCAACUGAAGCACAGGACCUGUCACUCACACUGACUGUUACACAAACUGGAGUCUGGGAGGAAGAGACGACCAAGCCAGCCUCUGAUGCUUGCGGAGGAAUAUUCAAGUACUACUGCAAGAUUUUGAGUGUAAUGCCACGAGUCAGGAGAAAUUAAAAGUCACACUCAGAAAGCAAACCUUUUAGACCCGUUUGUAGAAAAAGGAGACAUUUUCAGAUGAAAGAUGAAUCAGUGGACCUGUCAAAGGCAAACAGAUGACACUUUAAGAUGGCGGACCUGUUUAUUAUCAAGAGACACUUUUAAAAAAAAAAAUGUAAAAAAAAAACAGCUUUUUUUUGUUCUUUGGUUCUAUAAUAUUCUCACUCAGGUACACGGUGCCAAUAAGUGGCUUGUGAAUGUGAUUUGUUGUUUUUGUGCUACAAGUUUGAAUAAUAAUAGAAAAAAAGAGAUUUCUUUUUUUCCCCAUUCGUCGUAAAGCACCUGAAAGACAUCAGACGUGUUUAUUUUUAACAAAAAAAAAACAACUUAUCUUUUCUUCAACCUCGCAGUGUGCUGUCAGCUGUUCCCCCCAAUUUUUCUCUGUGUUUUUGUGACUGCCCGCUCCCCCCCUAAUUUGGAAUCCGAUGGGACAGUCCAGCCAGGACUGACCAGUAGAGCGUGGACUGUCCCACUUUGAGGGAUUUCCAUGGGGGGAGAAGGGAAGUCUCUCUGGCAUCACGGAGCAGAAACGAAAGCACUGUGUUGCGAGACAAUCCAUCAGUUUUCUUCUCACUCCGUCCCUCUAUCUCGAUCUCGUCCAGGGCAAAACAUCAGUACGACUUAGCUUGAGUGUGUGUCGGUGUGUGCUGGGUUUACUCAUUUAUUGGCCGUUUUGCACAUGCGUGUAAAAUCGAGCGAGAAAAAGGCUAAAAACGUCUAGGAUACAGAAAAUCAGGCUUACGCUGCUGCUGUAAUUUACUGUACCACACACAUAUAUAUACACACUCACACACACACACAACUGUUGUUCUGUCCCUCAGUGUUUUCCUGCUCCCUCCAAUUAACAUCGUCCUGCUGUCCUUGGUGGGCGGAGCUAAGCUGAAGCAGCCAGUCAGUGUUUCUGUUUGUAUUUGAAUACUGUAUUUUAUUAUUUCUCUUCAAACUGCCUCUAGUCUAAUAAUAUUAUUAACAAUAAUUAUAAGGAUGGUCAGCGUUUCCUAAGUUUAGUAAGUUAUGUACAGUAUAAUUUAUUUUUCUCCUCUUUAUCGGGUUUUUAUGACCAUAUGAAACUAUGACAGUCAAUGAAACAUUAUUCUAUUUAGCUGGUAGGUAUUUAGAUCUAAACAAAAGUUGUCAUUUUACCUUGCUUUGUUUUGCAUUCUUUUGUUCCCUUCUUUUUUGAUGCAUUUGUUUUGUAUUAAUCCUCCGGACUGGGGGGGGGGG